CGGCCGCCGCCGUCCCGAAGCGCGCACGCGGGGGGCGGGCAGGCGGGAGGAUGGAGCUGAACUCCCUGCUGAUCCUGCUGGAGGCGGCCGAGUACCUGGAGCGCAGGGACCGAGAGGCCGAGCACGGCUACGCGUCGGUGCUGCCCUUCGACGGCGACUUCGCCAGGAAGAAAACAAAGGCGGCCGGCCUGGUGCGCAAGGCCCCGAACAACAGGUCCUCACACAAUGAGCUAGAGAAGCACAGACGAGCCAAACUUCGGCUCUACCUGGAGCAGCUCAAGCAGCUGGUGCCCCUGGGCCCGGACAGCACCCGCCACACCACGCUGAGCCUCCUGAAGCGCGCCAAGAUGCACAUCAAGAAACUGGAGGAGCAGGACCGGCGGGCGCUGAGCAUCAAGGAGCAGCUGCAGCGGGAGCACCGCUUCCUGAAGCGGCGCUUGGAGCAGCUGUCGGCGCAGAGCCUGGAGCGCGUGCGCACCGACAGCACGGGCUCCGCCGUCUCCACCGACGACUCGGAGCAAGAAGUGGACGUCGAGGGCAUGGAGUUUGGCCCCGGCGAGCUGGACAGUGUGGGCAGCAGCAGUGAUGUGGACGACCACUACAGCCUGCGGGGCGGCGGCUGCAGCCACGGCAGCUUCGGGCCCCCCUGCAGGCGGCCCGGCCGCCCUGGCCUCUCGUAGGCGCUGCCCUCCCCGCUCCUCGGCCCGCUCACCCGCCCGGCCGAGCGCAUCGACCCUCUGGUCCUUGAAGCCUCUCCACGGGCCCACUGCUGUGCCAUUCUGGAAGCUCCGCCGCCGCCCGGGCUGCCCGCCUGCCGGUCAGGGCCCGCCGUGCCGCCCGCUCCUCCCACCCGGGCAGGGACCCCUUCGGGAGGCGGGGCCCAGCUCCCACAUCCGGGAGUCCAGCAUAGCCGCCCACCGCGUGUUCUCAGAUACCCAAUCAUUCCAGAAGUAUUAAAUGUCAUUGCUGCAAACCUCGGCGGGCGCCGUGUGAGGGGCUUAAUGACCACCACGGGGAGCUCAGACCCCAACCCCGGAUCCCAGCAGAAAGGAGUGGACCGAGGAAGGAAGCGUGGCUCUUCGUCCAUCCGUCCAUCUGUCUGUUGGUCCACGUACGCUCCUGAGGCGUGGACGGAGGGAUCCGUGAAGGGCGGGACUCGGGUGAGCACCCUGGGACCGUGGGUGGGCGGCAGCCUUUGCACCUGCAGGCGUCAGGAGCCAGGGCUGGGCUUCCGGGGGGGCUGCCAGGCUACCCCACCCUGAUUUGGGCGGCUUCUGCUCUGUUCUUAGGACCCUCAAAUGUGCACACGCACGCACCUAGGCACACACGCCUGCUCGCACACACAUGCAUACAUGCAGACAGAGGUGGUCCCUGGACCCAGAGGGCACACGUCCCGGGGCCUUCAGGGGUCAGUCGGGCGAAUGCCAGCCCCUGGCCUGUGCCUGGUCCCCCCUCCCACCCCCAGCCCACCUGCCCAGACUGCACAGGGCAGGCACUCCUCCCAGCGGGGGCUGGGAGUCGAAACCACUGGGUCCUCAGAGGCUCUCUCACCUCACUUUAAAACACCACCAAGCAAAAUGUUGCUGCAUUUCCCAGGGGCCCAGAACAGGGCUCCUGGGAGAGAAGCUUUUCCCCCAAAACGAAGGAGAAACACUUUUAAAGAGAAAGCGCUCUGCUGACUCGGCCGCUGUCGCUGUGUGCCGCCUAUUUCCUGUACGAGAUUUUUUCUACUCUAUUUUCCUAGCCGUUAUCGUGUCCUUGUUUGCUGAGGGGUGGGAGCGACCCAGCGUCUCAGGGACUCGUCCGUCUGUCACCGUCGUCCAAGUGUGCCUUGUGCCCCGUGUCUGGCCCCACCCCGACCGCCACCACCAGCAUCUCCCGCGUGGCUCACGGGACGCCCCCAGGUGCCCUCCUGGCCCUCUCCCCGCAGCCAAGCCCCCUAGGAGCGAGACUGCCUGGCCAGGUUGGCCUGGGGGCUGUGCGGCGGCAGGGUUCCGUUCUGUCUCCUGGCGGGAGGGGCUGUGACCUGUGGUCCUCCCGACCCCCCUCCCCCGCUGCGCAGUCUGACCUCCUAGGGUCUGGGGUGGGGGGUCGCCGCUAACCUGAAAAGUAGGUUCCUUCCUGUACCCAGCUUGAAGCCUCCCUUCUCCCCACCCUGAGCAAGGACUCCGGAUGUCAGACACUGGCAGCUUCUGAAGACAAGCGUUCACCCUGGGUGGACAGGCCUGGGCAUUAGGAGGCUUCUCCUGGCCUUUUGUCCCCGGGGACCACACAGCAAUAUUUGGGUGGGGGGCUGUGGGCUGACUCACAGUAGUGUCUGCCCCUCUGUCUUGUGCGUUGUAGCCAAUUUCCAGAUUGCGGCGGGGAGGGGGUGGGGAACUUGGUCUACCCCAGGAGGGUGGCCUGCUGAGGCACAAAGGGGUCCUAGGAGACAACUCUGGCGCAGAACCUGCCCCCCAGGGGCCUGGGGGGGUGGUGGGGAGCAGGCUCGAGGCGGGGGCCGUGCAGGUGCCUGGGGCACUGCUCCAUGUCGUGGCAGUUGCAAGGCAAGCUGUGCUGUUGGUGCCUCCUUCCAGCUCCUCUCCGGCCCAGUGUGGCCAGAGGGGCUUCCCGUCUGCCUGAGCUCAUCCACUGAGCGUUCCUCGCAAGGACCCCAGACCCUCGGAGCAGGGCAGGAUCACCCACAGUUAAGAGCCUUCCUUAGGACAUGCACCUGCAGGCCCCUGGAGAGCUCUGUGUUCUGAAUUUUAGAACAUCAGUUCUCCAGCCACCCCCAUCCUCACCCGCUACCCCCAGGAGAUGUUCUGCUCUGGCCGGCAGAGUUCUCCCCAGGUGACCAUUGUGGCCUCAGCUGACCUUCCUGGCUGGGAGACGCUCAGCCUGUGACUUUGUAGGCCAUGGUUCCCCCGAGCACGGGGGGGUGGGCGGGUUGGCCUCACUGGCCACCCAGGUAUGCUGGGGCCCCAAAUGUCACUCCUCGCCACCGGCAGAUGCCAGUGAGGGUCUGUGCUGGAGCUGCUCACGUGCCCUCCCCUCCCCGGCCUCCUGCACUGGUGGCCAGGGGGGGCCACAGGGUCGUUAAGAGCAAACCUGAGUGUCUUUGGGUCUGUAGAAAGCAACUGGGACCAGAACAGGGCCCGGGGUGGGGUUUGCCUGCACCCUUCCUCCGUUUGCUCUCACGCCCACGUGGCUCUUGGUGUCUGAGAUCCUGGAAGCCUGGGCUCGGGUUUGGGUGCACCCCCUCACGGCGUGAGGCAGCCCCUGCGCCUCGUCCCAGGCUCCACUGGCUGGGGAGGCCGUAGGAAGGCCCCCCCCACCGCCACCGGUGCGUCCCUGGCCGUCCCCAUGCAGGGCGGGUCUCGAAGCGUGGCGCCCAGCUCGCCUCCCUGGCGACAGGGCUGUGCGCCUGCCUGGCUUCGGUCUUGAAGGCCCCCGUCUCCUGUGGGGCUCCGGGCAACCCCAUGUGCUGGGUGAGGCAGGCUUCCCCCACUUGCCCACCCCUGUCUCUUGCGGGGCCAGCUCACCCGGGCCCCCCCACUGCAUGCAUGCAGGACUCUGACCCCACACCUACCCAGCCAUGUCUUGGACACAGGGCAGGUUCCGCGCCAGAGUAGGGGAUCAGGGGAUGCCGCCCAGGGGGCCUGGUGCUGGCCGAGUGGGCAUGUAACAAGAUCCUCGCUGGAAAGAGAGGGCUGCCCCCCCAGCCUGUUCACCGGGAGGGACUGUGCUGUGCGUUCUGUCUUUGUAACAUAAAUACAGAUUUUUA